AUGGGUUCAUAUAUUCACGAACAUGCAUACUCCGGAAUCGUCACGGUAAUCGUUGGCCCAGAAGGACGACCAUUUUUCUUCCACGAGAGUCUCCUCUGCGAAAAAUCCCCCUGGUUUCGCGCAAAGCUGCACAGCCAAAAGACUGAAGAGUACAGUGAUUCCGCCAUCGAACUAUCACCCAUAGAAACCUCUUUUCGAGAUUUCCAGCAAAGUCAACGCGAGAUCAUCUAUCGAUACGAAGAUGAUGUUCAUACAUCCAACCAAUUCUUUACUUGGAUAUACGGAUGUGUAUAUGUGAUACCUAGACGUGAUCCAGAAUCCUAUGACACUGCUAUGCAUAUAUCGGAAUGGGUAAUACUCCACGUGCUAGCUGUUGAAAUGGGAGUUAUGGAUUUGGCACAUAAAGCUCUGUGGGACGGUUGUGCAAGUCCAGAUUCCUACUUCGAGGUCGAGUCUCCUAUUACUUCGUCGGAAUAUUUAGACGAUAUCUCGGAUUUGGAUUUAGAUGAUGCUGCGCCUUUCUUGAUGUCAGAUUGUGGGACAGUAUCUGCGGAAGAAGAGGAUGUGUAUUCACGGCAAGAGAGAGAUGAAGCGAUGACGGAGUAUUAUGAGCGUAGGGAUUUAACUAGCUAUGUCUUUUGA